CUGUAACCUCCACCGCCGGGCUCCUCUCGCCUCCGCCCCUCACUCAGUAUAUUCUGCUUGCCUCAGUAGCGAGUAUCAACGAAGCCCUAGGGUUUCUGUCUGAUUUCAUACAUUCAAGUUCUGAUUGCUUUCGGAGAAAUUCGAGGGUUACCUCAAUGGCUGAAUUGACUGCACAAGCUCAGCCAGUUCACAGUACAUUAGAAAACAAAGAUGGUAUUAGAACUGGGUCCAACCAAGAAGUUGCACAUAAUCAUACAUCAGAGACACAUCCUGAAGAAACUGAACGGAAGGCUAGGGUAGAUGCUGUUUGGCAGCAAAUGAACAAAGGAGUGCCUUUGAAAACUCUUAAUUCCAUAUUACAGAAACAUAGUGCACCUCUCAAAUCAAGUCCCGUUAAGAGUUCAAAGGCAUCUUCUAAUUGGAUGACAGUACUAGGAUUGGCACCAAAAAAGGCAUCAUCCCCUGUCCAAAGUGCACCCGAGAAGCACCCUACGAUAACACAUUCAGAGACCAGUGAAGAUGCAAAGAAGCUGGCUGCUGCUGCUCUUUCCGCUGUUAAGGAUGCUGCUAUUACUGCAGCUGCAUCUUCCAACAGGGGCAAAAUUGAGGUUUCCGAAGUUCGGGACUUUGCUGGAGAAGAAAUUGAAGUAAAGAAGUAUAUUGAUGCGAGCUCAAAAGAGGGAUCGAAUAAAGGGAAAGCUCAGGCAGGACCAGCUUCUGCUGUUGAUGCUGUUCUUGAACAAAUUAGGAAGAAACAGAAGCUUAGCGUACUAGAUAAGACAAAGAAGGACUGGGUAGAGUACAAGGGAGAUAACAAAGGUGUUGAAGAAGAGCUGGAUGCUUACAAAAAGAGCUCGAAUCAGUAUCUAGACAAGGUCUCUUUCUUGGAGCGUGCAGAUUACCGAGAAUUUGAGCGGGAGAGAGAUGCUCGGCUCGCUAUGCAGGCCAAGAGGAGACCAGAUAUGCGAGAGGACUUCUGAAGGAUCACAUCACUGUGAAAUUAAACUACAACAACAACAAAGGGGGGAAACAUCUGUGUUUCUGGCCAUUUGCUCUCUUCUAUUUAGAUCUUCUUGUGGGCAAAGUUGUAUUCUCCCAUUGGUAUUGGGAAGGAAGAUGUUAAAAACAAAAAUGAGUAAAUCAUGAAACCUUCCAUGUUAGGUUUUCAAUACUCUCUCUUCCCUGGAGCUAUAAGUUACUACUGAUGAUUGUUGAUUUACUUUUUAUCUUCACUUGAAAUUGAUAGAAUUGUAUAGCUCCAUCCUUCUAAUGCCAUGUUUGGAAUUAUUGCACUCCUAUCAACUCCAAUUUAAACAUUUAUAAUUUUUGUUUUGUA